AUGUCUGCACUCACCCAAACCACUCUUCUCGGGGCGAAGGUUGUCGUCUCCAAGGCGUCCGUCGCCAAAAGAACCAACGUCGUCACUCGCGCCGGCCAGUACGACGACGAGUUGUUGCAAACUGCGCAAAACAUGACCAAGGCGGGCAAAGGUAUCUUGGCGAUGGAUGAAUCCAACGCCACGUGCGGCUCCCGUCUCGAAGGCGUCGGGGUAGAAAACACCGAAGAAAACCGUCGUCGAUACAGAGAACUCCUCAUCACGACCCCGAACCUCGGUAAGCACAUUGGCGGCGCCAUCCUCUUCGAGGAGACCCUCUACCAAUCCACGAAGGCUGGCAAGUCUUUCGUCGACUGCUUGAACGAACAAGGUAUCUACCCGGGUAUCAAGGUCGACAAGGGAUUGAAGCCGCUCGCGAACAGCAACGGUGAAUCCUGGUGCCAAGGUUUGGACGGCCUCGCCGACAGAGCCGCGGAAUACUACAAGCAAGGCGCGCGCUUUUGCAAGUGGAGAUCCGUCGUCUCCAUCCCGGCUGGCCCGUCCAAGAUCGCCGUCACUGACUGCGCGUACGGCUUGGCGAGAUACGCCGCCAUCUGCCAAAACGCUGGUUUGGUCCCGAUCGUCGAGCCGGAAAUCCUCCUCGACGGCGAGCACACCUUGGAAGAAACCUUCGAAGUUGCCUCCGCGGUCUGGGCGGAAACCUUCAAGUACCUCGCGGACAACGACGUCAUGUUCGACCGCAUGUUGUUGAAGCCGUCCAUGGUUGGCCCGGGUGCCGACUGCCCGAAGAGAAACACUCCGGAAGAAGUCGCCGCGGCGACCUUGAAGAUGUUGAACUCUCGCGUCCCGCCGGCCACCGCCGGUAUCAUGUUCUUGUCUGGCGGUUUGUCCGAAUUGGACUCCACCUUGUACUUGAACGCCAUGAACCAACAGCCGAACCCGUGGCACGUGUCCUUCUCGUACGCGAGAGCGUUGCAAAACUCCGUCAUCAAGACGUGGGCCGGCGACGACGCCAUGGUUGGCAAGGCGCAAGCCAUCUUGUCCAGACGCGCGGAAGAAAACGGUCUCGCGCAACUCGGCAAGUUCAACGCCGAAGAGUCCUUGGCGAACACGGACAGUACCUUCCAGAAAAACUACGUCUAUUAA